AUGAAAUUUUCAACCAGCAACAUCAUUACCCUGCUCGCAUCUACAGCUACCGGAGCCGUUGCGGCACCAGCUGUCAACGAGGAGGGUGUUAGUCCAGUGGUUGAGACAGCUACAGACUCACCAUCUGAUUUCGCUUCUAUUGAAGAGUCAUUUGACGAAGAAGAACCCUUUGAUCUCUCCAAACUUCUGCCAGAGUUGUUCCCAGAGCUAGCUGCUCGAGCCAAACCGGGCUGCAUGGGCGGCACAUGGAAAGCAUGCCACGACUGGACUCUGAGGCAGUGUCCUAUGCGAUGCACUGGUCUGCCUAGACGUCGACACCCUUGUACGCAGAGGUGCAUCAUGGGCGCAGGUAUUCAAUGCCAGAAAGCUUGUUCUUAA